GCCGGCACGCUUUCGGCGGUCCCCCUCGCGAGCAGGGGCGCGCCGAGCCAAUGAGCGCGGCGGGGCGCCCCGCUGGGGAGACGGCCCCGAGGCGGGGGGAGUCGCCAGUCGGGCAGCGGCCGGCUCGCGCCAAGAAGUUGUGUAGCAGACCGAGCAGUGGCCGGCAUGGAGGAGCGACGCCAAAGACACCGCCGCCGGUGACAUGUCUUCGCCGGGUCCCGCGCCAGGAGGGCCCCCCGAACCCGCGUCGCCCGAGACCCGGGCGGCCACGCCGACCAAGCCGUCGCCCUUCUCGGUCGCCUCGCUGCUGGCCGACACCCGGCCUAGCGGACAGCUCAGGUUUACGGCGCCGGCCUUCGCCGCCAGCAUCCUGCACGCGGCUGGGCCGCCGCGCGACCCGGGCUUCUCCUUCCUACACGCGCCGGCGACCGGCGGUCACUUCGGCUGGGCCCUGCACGCACCCGGCGGCACGCAGCCCUGCGGGCCCUCCUGGUUCGGCCUGGCGCCACACCACACACUGCCCAAGCCGGGUGAGGUACCUUCACUGCCGGUCAAGUGUCAACUACGACGUCACAAGAGCAACCGCAAGCCACGGACUCCCUUUACCACGCAGCAACUGCUUGCGCUCGAGCGCAAGUUCCGAGUCAAGCAGUACCUGAGUAUCGCCGAGCGCGCCGAGUUCUCCUCAUCACUCAACCUCACAGAAACGCAGGUGAAGAUCUGGUUCCAGAACCGGCGCGCCAAGGAGAAGCGGCUCAAAGAGGCCGAGCUGGAGAAACUCCGCAUGGCCAUGCGACCGCUACUGCCUGGCGCCUUCGGCCUGGGCCUGGCUGCCGCGGGCCCGUUCGGCGCCUCCGCUGGCGCAUCGGGCGCCGUUCCCCCCGGCGGAUACGUGCACCCGCCGCGGCUCGUGCAGGCUGCACCGCCCGCGCACCACCCCACCGUUCGGCGGCGCCGAGGCCGUGUCGUCCCUGCAGCAGCAGCGUCCCGCAUUAUAGCACCAGCCACGUGGAGAUGUAGCACCCUGCCGGCCAGGGUGACGGAGCCACCAUUCUCGAAGUCACCGGUCAAGCGAGAGGAAGGUCCUCGUUGUAAAUAUGUAAAAACUAAUUUUAUCCUACUAGGACGUCCCAAAAAUAAAUUACACAAGUUACUCGAGUCGUCGGGGUGCUUCACUUUUGCUGCACCUGCGCUUGCUCCGCGGUGCACACGGCCUGCCAUGACAGCACUAUGA